AUGUCGUUUGUUUCCAAGCUUCUCUACGCAGUCGCCACGUUGGUUUUAUUUCAUUCUGGUUUCUCAAGUUAUGAGUUUCAUCAUCUAUUAAAGCUUAACUCACUUAAUAAUACUCAAGGUGUAAUCAGUGAGUUACCUAAAGACAUCAAGUAUGAAACAUAUGCUGGGUUGUUACUAUUUGUUCUUGCAGUAUUCACUUCGUUCGAGAAAUUACAGUAUCUGCCAAUUGAGAGUAACGAUGGGACAAUAAUAUCCCAAGGGAACUAUCUAAAGGAAAUCGCAUUGAAUAAAGCUACCAACGUUGAUAACCUAAUAGGAAGCAACCCUAAUGGUGAAGUUAUAUUUACACCCAGCUUUGUUGACGUCCACGCAAAGAGGAAAAUCUCUAGAGAAUGGGCUUCUAAUAAUGAAAAAAAGGAAAAAUGA